AUGCGCCGCGGAACUAUCAUCUUCCUGGUGAUAAACCUGAUCAUCAUCGGCUUCCUACUAAACGCGUUUAGCACGCUGAUCUCGCUACUCUUCCAGACUGGUGCCGCAGAUGCCAUCCACCGCGCUGAGAUCCCCGCGCCGGGCUCAGAUAUGAUUGAGAAUAGGACACAGCUAAUACCGAAGAUUAUACAUCAGACGUAUAUCAAUGAGUCGAUUCCGCAGAGAUGGAAGGCGGGCCAGCAGAGUUGUAUUGAUUUACAUGAGGAUUAUGAAUAUAUCCUCUGGACCGACGCAAAAUCCCGCGAAUUUAUAGCGACCGAAUACCCCUGGGCGCUCGCCAACUUCGACAGCUACAACUUCCCUAUCCAGCGCGCCGAUGCUAUCCGCUACUUUAUCCUCGCCUACUACGGCGGCAUCUACAUUGACCUGGACGACGGCUGCAACCGCCGUCUUGACCCCCUCCUUAGCUAUCCUGCCUGGGCACGCCGUACCCUCCCCACAGGAAUCAGCAAUGACGCUAUGGGCUCCGUCCCUCAACAUCCAUUCUUCCUUCGAGUUAUUGAGAGUCUGGCGGGCUACAAUCGCAACUGGUUCAUGCCGUACAUCACUGUCAUGUAUAGUACCGGUCCGCUGUUCCUUUCUGUGCUCUGGGUAGAAUACAUGCGCGAGGCGCGGCCAGCUUUAGAGCAUGUAAGGAUCCUGAUGCCGGAUGAAUAUAAGGGCUUCUCGUGGUCGUUUUUCAACAUCUCGAAGGGAAAUAGCUGGCAUGGGAAGGACGCACAGACGAUUUUCUGGAUGGGGAAGCACUGGCUGCUAUUGACAGUUGCUGGCUUUGCGAUUGCAGGCGUGGUUGGUGUGUUGCUUUGGUGGGCGUGGAAUGUUUGGGUGGUGAGGGGUAAGAAGACAAGUGGCGGGAGGAAAGUACCUUUUUGGAGGAGGAAUUUCGCGAAGGAGAGGUAUGAGUUGCUUAAUCGGAUGGCUUGA